AUGGAUUACCAUUAUCUUCUAAAGAACAUCCACGAUACCCACUGUCAUCUCAGUAUUGAUGUCACCCAGCAAGAUGUGGAUGAACUACAAGUACAUUGGGAUAAGUUGGAGUUGAAUGCCGGUUUUUUCCGGCUUAUGUCGACGAAUCACAUCGAUCUAGAGUUUGUUAGCCAAUUGGCUGGUAAGCAGUAUAUCUUCCCAUACUAUGGGAUCCAUCCGUGGUUUAGUCAUUUGUUUGGGUUUGGUGGUGAUAAGAAGAGUCAUUACCACGAUGUGUUAGUUCCCCCACCGUCGCCCGAGCUUUUGGCGGUAUUACCAGAACCAAUAGAUGUUAGAGAGUAUAUGAAGAAGGUUAGAAAAUUGGCACAGGGCAACCAUACUCCCAAUGACACAAGCCCUACUACCCCCAGUACGGUGCUUAGUACAGCAGAUACCAAUGACGCUACCACCCACACAGCAGGUAUAGGAGAAAUCGGACUUGAUAAACUUUUCAAAAUCCCCAACAAUGGGUUCCUAGGCCAAGGUCCCAGUACCGGCCUAUCUCCCAGCAGAACCUCCAUGGCCCACCAGGAAGCUAUCUUCCGUAUCCAGCUAUCGCUCGCCCAAGAACUUCAACUUCCAGUAUCCAUCCAUUGUGUCAAAGCCCAUGGUGCGGUGUUCGAUAUCAUGAAAGACUACGACCUCCCAAAGAUCAUCCUCCAUUCUUUCAGUGGGUCCCGCGAUCAGGCCAAGCUAUGGAUCAAAACUUUCAGCCAAGUAUACUUCUCCUUCUCUCACUACAUCAAUGGAAGCAAGGACCUUGAAGGACUUUUGGAAGUUGUGGGUGAUAAGUUCUUGAUCGAGACCGACGUGUCGAUAAAUAAGCCGGGCUACGAGCAACAGCUACAGGGGAUAUUUGGGGAUAUUAAGGAAGGAGGAUAUAGUGAGGAAGAGAUUAUUAGCAUCGUCCAGAGAAAUGCCAGUUAA